AUGAGAAAACCUAAAACAAAUAAGAAAAAGACCAAGUCUAAGAAUAAUAAGGAUUCGUUUUGCUAUGAUCCAAAUCUACCAAUUGACCAAGUAUUGAAGAAUCUGUUCCAGAAAAAUUCUGAAAACUUUACACAUGACUUUGUAUCAUAUAGAAUAUUUAUUGUACAACCAGAAUUGACAUCAAGAUUUAAGGAUGAAACAAAAACGAUUGAAGAUUUUAAUGAAGAAUUAUUCUUUGAGAAAUCAUGCGAGAUUCAUAACUUCCUCAAAGAAAGAAUUCCCGAAAAUUAUGUUUGGCAAGGUGAUAUGUUCAAUAUUACAUUUGUUUCUCCUCCAGAGCAAUUAGAAGAUUGCACCGAGGAAAUGUUUCUCAGAAAUAAUCAACCUGUUUAUCCAUACAUUUGUGGAAGAGUUAAUUUUUCAGAGACCAACAUUGAUGAAUGGUUCAUUACCUAUCUUCUUGUUGAGCUCUCUAAGAAUUUCAAAGAUCAAGUAGUGGUACAAAUUUCUGACCAAGAUGGUGAAUUCCUUCUAAUUGAAGCAGCUGAUUACAUUGCAGAAUGGAUGAAUGACGAACCCGAAUUGACAACCAAUAGAGUUUUUAUUUAUAAUGGAAAAUUACAUAUUCUGCCUGACCAGCCAGAAACUCCUUCCUAUUCAUAUUAUGAAGUAUUUCCAAUUAGCAAACCAAUACAAAAUAUCCACAAGGCAGUAGAAAUGGUUUUCAGAGAAUCCAAAUACUGUCAAAGUGAAGACUCUAUUCAAAAUUGCAUUUCAACUCGACUUUCUUCAUUCCCAAAGGAAGCAGUAGAGUUUGGUUCUCAAAAAAUAGCUUGUUACCUUCCUUUAGAUGUGAUUAGACUUCUCGAUAAGCACCCUCAGAUUGUAUCCAAGUGUAUUUAUUACUUGACACGUAAAAACACUGUCACUGAGAAAUUCCUAAAAUCAUUUUCGAGAUUUUUACCAACUGAGCCAUCAUCAGAUAAUGGUUCACUAAGAGAUUAUUUCACAUACUAUUCUGUCAAUGUAAAUAGAUGUCAAUAUGUACAAUUAAUAUCGAGUAGAAUAGACGUGAAUGAUGUUCCAAAACUUGCUUCAAUCUACAGACCUAGCAAUAAGAGAACAGACAAACAAGAAAAAGCAUACGAACUUGGGUUCAAGAUAUUAUGUGGACUGGAAAUGUACUAUCAUGCGGAAAAACCAAUCGAUAUUUUUGAUUCCUUUGAAGAUUAUGUGGAUCAUCUCUACGAUCAUGGAUACUUUGGUUUGGAAAUGAGUGGCACUGAUAAGUUCAAUAAUCUUGUGACCAAAUCAAAAACAUACUAUGAUGAGUUUGGAAAGACAGCAAAUUGUUAUUUCAUUGAGCAAGCUUUAAUGGAAGGUUCUACCUUGUCAAUGAAAGAAAUCAAACAGAGAAAGUUAAUAGUUGACACUGAUGAUUGGCUUGACUCUGCCAAUGAAGAGAUGGAGAAGUAUUUCUCUCAGAAGGGAUUUUCAGAAAGUGGAGAAGGAGAACAAGAUAUAGAAAAGAAAGCCAAAGAUAUGAUGGAUAAAGUGAAAUCAUUUAUUGAGGAGGAAGAAUCAAAUAUUGGAGGUGUAAAAACCAAAUCAAAACAUAAGACAAGUAAGGAUGAUUGGUCAUUCAUAUCCUCAUCAUCAACUGCACCAAACGAUCAAUCUCGUUUAGACAAUUUUCUUAAGGAAACAUUUGGGAAAUAUCCUAUUGAGGAGUUGAUAGAAAAGUUUAACAUAGAAGAGGAAGUAGACGAAGAUGAGGACAUUGACGAUAACGAAAAUGAUGAUGACGAUUGGGAAGACGAAGAAACAAUUGAUCCAGAAAUGGAAGACCUAAUGCAAAAAAUGGAUGAUGAAUUAUAUCAAUUCGGUGACACUCAACAAAGAUCGGAAAUUACAGAUGCUAAUGUGAUGAAGAAUCUUCUCAGAUCCUUACAAGCUCAAGGAUCAGAAUAUGGACCAACCUCAGUUCUUUUACAACAUUUAGGGCUAGAUGUUCCUUAUUUUGAUGAUGAAAUAGAUGAGGAAUAA